AUGUCCGUCUCUGGAGUGGAAACGGCUGUUGAUUUUCACAUCUUCGUCAAACUAGUUCGCAGGGCUUUUCCCUUGAAAUUGAAAGGCGAAGCCCUGGGAACGAGGUUGCAACUUGGUAAGCAGACCAUGAAUGGCUACCAAGGUGCGCCUGGAAAACCUGGAGUAGAUGGACUGAAAGGACAACCUGGUCCUGACGGUUCAAAUGGAGACGAUGGCGAGCCAGGAGUAACUGGAGAUGAAGGGGACCAGGGCGAGCGAGGCUCUCCGGGAACUGAUGGGGUAGGGGGACCCGUAGGAUUGGUUGGGCCUACCGGUGACCCGGGCGAAGCUGGAUUAACUGGCGAAGAGGGUGCACCAGGAACUCCCGGCCGAACUGGACCAGAAGGCCCGGUCGGUGAACCGGGUUUUGCAGGCGUCCCGGGCUUAAACGGAUUUGCUGGCAAAGAUGGCAGCAGGGGCUACCAAGGUGCGCCUGGAAAACCUGGAGUAGAUGGACUGAAAGGACAACCUGGUCCUGACGGUUCAAAUGGAGACGAUGGCGAGCCAGGAGUAACUGGAGAUGAAGGGGACCAGGGCGAGCGAGGCUCUCCGGGAACUGAUGGGGUAGGGGGACCCGUAGGAUUGGUUGGGUCUACCGGUGACCCGGGCGAAGCUGGAUUAACUGGCGAAGAGGGCGACCCUGGUAGCGAUGGCGAAGUAGGAAAACUGGGACCUCAGGGACCUUUUGGUAUUCCUGGCGAAGACGGAGAUGUAGGAGAUCUUGGGCAAACAGGAGAAUCGGGAGAUGGUGGUUACACUGGAAAGCCCGGAAAGAUGGGUAUUCCUGGAUUAGAGGGUGAGGAAGGUGACUCUGGAAAUAAUGGAACUGACGGUCCUCCGGGCCCACCGGGCUCUCCGGGGGCGCAAGGCAUGUUGGGCCCACAGGGAGAUCCCGGAGAUGAGGGUUCAGUGGGUCCCCAGGGUACUCCUGGUACACCGGGUGAACGUGGACCAACGGUAAGAUGGCGCAAUGGAAUGUUGUAGUUUAGUCUCUCAUUCGAGG